AUGGCAUCUCUAUACAGUGCAGCCUCAAAGGGUAAACGUAAAGCAACAGAUGAAGUUGAACAAAAUGGAAGUGCAACCGCACCCACUCCACGCAAUAAACAACGUGUUCUUAUUCUACCUUCUCGUGGUGUUACGAUGAGAAUGCGUCAUUUGGUGAACGAUCUUGAAGCUUUAUUACCGCAUAGCAAAAAAGAUUCAAAGCUGGACUCCAAAUCAAAUUUACACAUCUUGAACGAAUUGGCAGAAUUGAAUAAUUGCAAUAAUACCCUCUACUUCGAAGCAAGAAAACAUGAAGAUUUAUAUCUAUGGGCAAGCAAAACCCCAAACGGACCCUCGGUAAAAUUCCAUGUUCAAAACAUUCAUACGAUGGAUGAACUUAAAAUGCAAGGAAACUGUCUGAAAGGAAGUAGACCACUUUUAAGUUUCGACGCAAGUUUUGAUCAACGUCCCCAUUUCGGUUUGAUAAAAGAAUUAUUCACACAAAUGUUUGGCGUACCAAGGAUGGCAAGAAAGAGUAAACCUUUUAUCGAUCAUGUGAUCAAUUUUAGCAUUUUGGAUAAUAAAGUUUGGUUUAGACAUUAUCAGAUAAUCGAAAAAGGUUCAGCAGCUGCCGAAAAAGCUUCUUCUAAAAAAGGCACUUCAGCCGAAGAUCAAAAACCAACUUUAGUCGAAAUCGGUCCAAGAAUGGUUUUAACUCCAAUUCGUAUCUUUGAAGGUAGCUUUGGAGGUGCAACAGUGUACGAAAACCCAGAAUAUAUUUCACCCAACAUGACCCGUCACCUUACCAGACGCAAAAAGGGAGAGGAAUACAAAGAUCGUACAACCGCACAAUUCAAGUCUGAAGCCAAACGUCAAAAGUUGGUGCAAGAUGCUAAACCGGAUGAACUCAGUCGUCAAAACGUGUUCGGAUGAGAAUCUGAACUUUCUGUGUAUCGCAUUUUGUCAAUUUUGUACAUCAUUCAGUAGAUUCGCGGCCGAGGUGUGAUGAUUAUUUCUUUGAGAAUUCGCCUGCAAGAAAGGAAAAGUAGGAAUUGUAAUCAGUGAGAAUGACCCUUCAACUUUAGAGUGGCGAUGGAAUACUUACUGAAUUUAGCAGAAUAAUCAUCGUGCCAACGUGAAAGUGCUGGACGAUCUUCGAUGAUAUCACCGAUAUUCCACUGUAUGAGAGAAACAGGAAGAUUAGCAAUUUCGCUCAACACUGUAACAGGUGUCCUACGGCCCACUCACCUCCAUUCUUUUCAGAUCAGUUUCUCUUGGCGUUUCAUUAUCGGGACAUAAGAUGUAAAACACUCCAGGCUUUUCC